AUGAAUUCGAUUCAGAAUAUCCAACAAGUUAGUUUCUGUUUUUCUAAUUCAGCAAUCAUCACGUGUUUUAGCUUCGUGAAUUUCUGACCGUUUACAAUACUCUUAGUGAACGUUGCUUCAACGCGUGUGCCCGUGACUACACCUCAUCGACUCUCACCAAGGACGAAAGCGUCUGCGUCAGUCAGUGUGAGUUGACAGCUCUUAUGCAAAGAAAUGGGAUGUAUUUUAUAGGCAUUGACAAGCAGAUGCUAGUGAACCGUCGGUUUAUGCUAGUAUUUGCAGAACAAGCUCCAAAAGUACUUUUCAAACAAGGAGAACAGUCCCCAACCGAGGCUAUCAAAGCCAUCAAACCAGCCCCAGCUCCAGCUCAAGAAUCAGCUCCCGAACCCGUUGUUGAAGAAAACAAGUGACUUUUUUUUAAACUUUCACUCUCUCAAUGUUUUUUUUCAGACAAUGA